AUGGCAGCGCGAGUCCGUGUCACGAGAAAAGGCAUCGUGAAAGCCUCUGUGACGCGGCCCAGCACCAUUGUAGCCGUCUCCAACCUCGACUUGCUCCGCCAGGGCUUGCCCAUCGUGCUGUUCUGCGUCUACCCCUCGACCCCCGGCGGCGGCUGCGGCUUCCACGAGGUUGCGGCCGCCUUUGAGGCCAAGCUGCCAUCCCUGCUCGACCACUUCUUUUCCCUCGCUGGCCGCAUCGUGGCAGACCCCCGCUCAGGUCUGCCGGAGUUGCACUGCGACAACCAAGGAGCGGAGCUCGUUGUGGGCGAGGUCGAUGUGGCGCUGGGGAGCCUGGACUACGGUGACCUGGACGCGUCCCUGUUGAGGAUAGGCGUCCCCGUUCAAUACGGCGCUGACGUCGUGCUGUCGUUGCAGCUGGUGUCUUUCGCCUGCGGCGGGUUCGCCGUGGCGUGGGGCAGCCACCACUUAGCCGUGGACGGGUGUGCGUUGUCAAUGAUCGCCAACGCGUGGUCCGAGCUCGCGCGGUCCGGGACGAUCGCCGCCGCGCCGAACCUCGACCGAUCGGUGUUCCGCCCUCGCGCACCGCCGACAUACAGCAGUUCAGUGGGGAAGUUGUUCAUGCCGCUGGAGCGUGAGCGUCUUGUCAACGCCCUGACGGCUAGUACCUCCAAGGUCGGGCGCACCUACUACGUCGAGGAGCAGGACCUCGCCAUGCUUCGCGCCCAGGCGGCCCAGGCGGGCGGCCGCGCAACGCUUCUGGAAGCCGUGUGUGCGUAUAUGUGGAAGGUGUUCGCCGCCGUGGUGGGCUCAUCCGACGAGAAAUGCCGCAUGGGCUGGUGGGUUGACGGGCGCCGGCGCCGGCGUCUCACCACCACCGCCCCGGCGGCGAUGCGCAACUACGUCGGCAACGUCAUAACGUAUGGAGUGGCGGAGGCGAGCAUGGAAGGGAUCAGGCGGUUGCCGCUCCCGGGAGUCGCGUCCAUGGUGCAUGAAUCAAUCAAGUCGGCAGUUAACGACGAGCACUUCCAGGAGCUGGUGGACUGGGUGGAGGAGCACAAGGGUGCGGCGAGGUACGUCGAGACGGCGACUGUCGGGAUGGGCAGCCCGGUGCUGAGUGUCUCGUCGCUGGCGUCGUUUCGUCUCGACACUGACUUUGGUUUCGGGCGAGCCACCUUGGUGACGUGGUUGGAUGAGAUGGAGGUGGAAAAGGAGGAGGAGAAAGAGAUGGACUGGGGGAGGUUGAGCUCCGGCUUCGUGAAGAUCGUCGCGCGCCCCGGCGGCUCCUGCUGGUUCUUCGGCAUGUCCAUUUGGCCGAGCCUUGCCGCCGCCUUCGACUCCGACGAGCAGCACAUCUUCAAGCCUCUAACCGCGGAGUACCUCGGCCUCGUGGCGGGAGCAAAAAAUAGUAGAGCCAGCCGGCUCUAA